CAGAGUCCGGCAGAUCUCAGGAAUGGAGCUACUGAUGGUCUUUCUCUCCUUCUCAGCCCUUGGUGCCGUAGUGGCAGACAAAGAAUCCUGUGCCGGCCGGUGCGAUGUGGGCUUCCAGCCGAUGAUGAAAUGCCAGUGUGAUGCCGUCUGUGCCUUCUACAGCACCUGCUGCAGGGACUACUACACCGUCUGUGUGAAAACACAUGGAGAUGUCUUUGCCAUUCCUGAGGAAGAUGUUUAUGAUUUUGACACGGAUUACUCCGACUUCCAGACUAACGGCACGGAUGAAGUGUAUCCAGAUAUGAAUCCUAGACUGCAACCAGAUCUGGAACAGGAACCCACCCAUGAACCAGAGCCCACCUAUGAACCACAGCCCACCCAUGAACAGGAACCCACUCAGGAGUGGGGCACAGAACUGGUGCCCACCCACAAUCCUGUGUCUGGCAAUGGCAUGAUGUACUGGCGUUUCAACGAUGGGAUCAUGGAGGACGGCUUUCCCAGGCCAAUCAAGGAUGGCUUCCCAGGAAUUCCGACCCAUCUCGAUGCAGCCCUGGUCAUUGCUGCAUCCGGCAUCCGUGGGAAGGAGCAAGUUUAUUUCUUCAAGGGCAAUCAUUACUGGCAGUAUGUCUUUGAACAUCAGCCCACCCAGGCAGAAUGUGUAGGGAUACCUAUCUUCAUCCCCUUCCAGAGGUACACCUACCUGAUGCCCGACAACUGGGACGACUACCUCUCAAGGCUCUUUAGAUCCAUCUCCAGAGCCCGCACCUCUGGCCCGUUCUCCAUCAGACAACACUGGCACGGGAUCCCUUAUAAAGUGGACUCAGCGAUGAACGGUAAACAUUUCAUGGUGCGCAUGCAGGAGGGGCGUGGCCGGAGGAGAGGCCAGCCCAAGGGUUGGCACAGGACGCACUCGUCCAGCGCGGAGGAUGCCUGCACCCUCGUGCCCAGCCAGAACGUCUACUUCUUUCUCAGAGAGUCCUGUGUCGGACGGUGUGAUCUGGGCUUCCAGAGGAUGAAUAAAUGCCAGUGUCACGCCCUCUGUUCCUUCUACAGCAGCUGCUGCAGGGACUACUACACCGCCUGCGUGAAAGAUGUCCCCCUCUUUCCCGUGGAUGACAUUGAUGAUUAUGACACACGUGAUAUCUACAUCACGGCUAACGACACGGAUGAAAAGUAUCCAGAUAUGUAUCCCAGCCUCGAACCAGAUCUGGAACUGUAUUUGUACCUUGACCCCAGCAUGGAACCAGAGCCCACCCACCAUUGGGAGCCCACUCAUGAACCAGAGCCCACCCACCAUUGGAAACCCACUCAUGAACCAGAGCCCACCCACCAUUGGGAACCCACUCGUGAACCAGAACCCACCCAUGGACCAGAACCCACCCCUGGACCAGAACCCACCCAUCAUUGGGAACCCACUCAUGAACCAGAGCCCACCCACCAUUGGGAGCCCACCCACCAUUGGGAGCCCACCCACCAUUGGGAGCCCACUCAUGAACCAGAGCCCACCCACCAUUGGGAACCCACCCAUGACCCAGAACCCACCCUUGGACCAAAGCCCACCCACCAUUGGGAUCCCACCCAUGACCCAGAACCCACCCACCAUUGGGAACCUACCCAUGACCCAGAACCCACCCACCAUUGGGAACCCACCCAUGGACCAAAGCCCACCCACCAUUGGGAUCCCACCCAUGACCCAGAACCCACCCACCAUUGGGAACCCACCCAUGGACCAAAGCCCACCCACCAUUGGGAACCCACCCAUGGACCAGAACCCACCCACCAUUGGGAACCUACCCAUGACCCAGAACCCACCCACCAUUGGGAACCUACCCAUGACCCAGAACCCACCCACCAUUGGGAACCCACCCAUGGACCAGAGCCCACUCACCAUUGGGAACCCACCCAUGACCCAGAACCCACCCACCAUUGGGAUCCCACUCAUGGACCAGAGCCCACCCACCAUUGGGAACCUACCCCUGACCCAGAACCCACCCACCAUUGGGAACCCACCCAUGACCCAGAACCCACCCACCAUUGGGAACCUACCCAUGACCCAGAGCCCACCCACCAUUGGGAACCUACCCCUGACCCAGAACCCACCCACCAUUGGGAACCCACCCAUGGACCAGAGCCCACCCACCAUUGGGAACCCACCCAUGACCCAGAACCCACCCACCAUUGGGAACCCACCCAUGGACCAGAGCCCACCCACCAUUGGGAACCCACCCAUGACCCAGAACCCACCCACCAUUGGGAACCCACCCAUGGACCAGAGCCCACCCACCAUAGGGAACCCACCCAUGACCCAGAACCCACCCACCAUUGGGAUCCCACCCAUGAACCAGAGCCGAGCCCAGAACCGGUGCCCACCCACGACCCUGUGCCUGGCGACGUGUGUUUCAGUGGAAAGCCCUUCAAUGCAUUCACCGACCUCAAGAAUGGAUCGAUCUUUGCUUUCCAGGGACAAUAUUUUUAUGAACUGGAUAAGAAAGGUGUUGUUGCUGGAUAUCCCAAGCAGAUUCUGGAUGUGUGGGGCGUGCAGGGCCCCAUCGAUGCUGCCUUCACUCGAGUAAACUGCGAGGGAAAAACCUAUCUAUUCAAGGGCAAGAUGUACUGGCGUUUCGAUGACGGGAUCUUGGAGUAUGGUUUUCCCAAGCCAAUCAAGGAUAACUUUCCAGAAAUUCCAACCGAUCUCGAUGCAGCCCUGGCCAUUCCUGCAUCCGGAUUCCGUGGGAAAGAGAGAGUUUAUUUCUUCAAGGGCAAUCAUUACUGGCUGUAUGUCUUUGAACAUCAGCCCACCCAGGAAGAAUGUGCAAGCAUACCCAUCUCCAUCCCCUUCCUAAGGUACACCGACCAGAUGGCUGACAAAUGGGAGGACUUCUCAAAGCGCCUUAGAUUCAUUCCGAAAGCUGGCGCCAAUGGCCCGUUCUCCAUCAGACGCCGCUGGGGUGGGAUCCCCAGUGGAGUGGACGCAGUGAUGAUCGGCAAACUCCAGAUGGUGCCGAAGCAAAAGCAGAAAGGGCGGGGGAGGGGCCGGGGGUGGGGCCGGGGGCGAGGCGAGCACCACCAGAAACAACGGCCCAAGGAUCGGCCCUGGAAGGACUCGUCCAGCGAGGAGGACGAUUCCAACAACUUCAGGCCCCAUCAUAGUAUCUACUUCUUUGUCAGAGAUAAAUAUUACCUCGUCGACCUUGCCUCCAAGCGGGUGGACAUUGCUGGGCCCCGAUCCAUCACCAAGUACUGGUUCAAGUGCGAGGGGCGUCUCGGAGUCAGCAAGCGGCUCCCAGUCAAAAUCAGGGAAGAGGUGGGGAGGGUGCUGAGACAGGGAGGGUCCAUCACCCGCCACCUGACUUGGCUCCAGGGGCAGCUGCUGCAGGAGCACAGGGUCGAAGGGCAGGCCAUGGAAGAAGCAGUGCUCACUGAAAGCGUCGAGGCGGUGCAGGCGGCGCUGGGGGUCGGCACACAGCAGCUGGUGGGGAGAACGGGCUGGAGACAAAGAGGGCCCCACUUCAUAAGGGGCCCACUUGAUAUAGGGGCCCACUUCAUCAGGGGUCCACUUGCCAUCGGGAAAUCUGACAUCCUGGCCAGUCCGCCACUGCACCCUGGGUAUUACACCAGAUCGCUGGCACAUUCUCCUCCCCACCGCCAUUACCUUGCCAGCAAUCAGAAUGUAGAGCAGGAUUCCAAGGGACCACCAGUCAGCCGAGUGAUUCGGCUUCUGGGCGGCCCAGAAUCUGCCAAGGUCCCCAUCAUGGUGGUAGUCGCACUCUGCAAGGAGAACCAGAGCAGUCAGGUCGUCAUUCAGUCAGCCAGCCACCCUGAGAUCCUGAAACCCCAUUCCAGAGUCCAGCAGAGCUCGGCAAUGGAGCUACUGAUGGUCUUUCUCUCCUUCUCGGCCCUUGGUGCCGUAGUGGCAGACGAAGAAUCCUGUGCCGGCCGGUGCAAUGUGGGCUUCCAGCCGAUGGUGAAAUGCCAGUGUGAUGCCGUCUGUGCCUUCUACAGCACCUGCUGCAGGGACUACUACACCGUCUGUGUGAAAACACGUGGAGAUGUCUUUGCCAUUCCCGAGGAAGAUGUUUAUGAUUUUGACACGGAUUACUCCGACUUCCAGACUAACGGCACGGAUGAAGUGUAUCCAGAUAUGAAUCCUAGACUGCAACCAGAUCUGGAACAGGAGCCCACCUAUGAACCAGAGCCCACCUAUGAACCACAGCGCACCCAUGAACAGGAACCCACUCAGGAGUGGAGCCCAGAACUGGUGCCCAUCCAUGAACAGGAACCCACUCAGGAGUGGAGCCCAGAACUGGAGCCCAUCCAUGAACAGGAACCCACUCAGGAGUGGAGCCCAGAACUGGAGCCCAUCCAUGAACAGGAACCCACUCAGGAGUGGAGCCCAGAACUGGAGCCCAUCCAUGAACAGGAACCCACUCAGGAGUGGAGCCCAGAACUGGAGCCCAUCCAUGAACAGGAGCCCACUCAGGAGUGGAGCCCAGAACUGGAGCCCAUCCAUGAACAGGAACCCACUCAGGAGUGGAGCCCAGAACUGGUGCCCAUCCAUGAACAGGAACCCACUCAGGAGUGGAGCCCAGAACUGGUGCUCACCCAUGAACAGGAACCCACUCAGGAGUGGAGCCCAGAACUGGUGCCCACCCAUGAACAGGAGCCCACUCAGGAGUGGAGCACAGAACUGAUGCCCAUCCACGAUCCUGUGCAUGGCAACAUGUGUCUCACUGAUAAGCCUUUCGAUGCAUUCACCGACCUCAAGAAUGGAUCGAUCUUUGCUUUCCAGGGACAAUAUUUUUAUGAACUGGAUAAGAAGGGUGUUGUUGCUGGAUAUCCCAAGCAGAUUCUGGAUGUGUGGGGCGUGCAGGGCCCCAUCGAUGCUGCCUUCACUCGAAUAAACUGCGAGGGAAAGACCUACCUGUUCAAGGGCAUGAUGUACUGGCGUUUCAAUGAUGGGAUAAUGGAGGAAGGCUUUCCCAGGCCAAUCAAGGAUGGCUUCCCAGGAAUUCCGACCCAGCUCGAUGCAGCCCUGGCCAUUCCUGCAUCCGGCAUCCAUGGGAAGGAGCAAGUGUAUUUCUUCAAGGGCAAUCAUUACUGGCAGUAUGUCUUUGAACAUCAGCCCACCCAGGCAGAAUGUGCAGCGAUACCCAUGUCCAUCCCCUUCCAGAGGUACACCUACCUGAUGGCUGACAACUGGGACGACUUCUUCUCAGAGCUCUUUGGAUCCAUCUCAAGUGCCCGCACCUCUGGCCCGUUCUCCAUCAGACAACACUGGCACGGGAUCCCUGGUAAAGUGGACUCAGCAAUGAUCGGCAAACUUUUCAUGGUGCGCAAGCAGAAAGGGCGCGGCCGGAGGAGAGGCCGAAACCACCGGAGACGACAGCCCAAGGGUUGGCACAGGAAGCACUCGUCCAGCGAGGAGGAUGCCUUCACCCUCGUGCCCAGCCAGAGCGUCUACUUCUUUGUCAGAGAUAAAUAUUACCGCGUCGACCUUGACACCAAACGAGUGGCCUUUGCUUGGCCUCGAUAUCCCCGAUCCAUCAACAAGUACUGGUUCAAGUGUGAGAACGAGUGAAAGGAAGCCAGCUCUGGACAGGACCAUCACUGGCAGAGAUGGGCUGCCCGCCGCCAGUCCCCGAUCCUUCGUGCAGGAGGACCACACCACGGGGAACAUAGAUUGAGGAAAUAAAACCAAAAUAAGCUGCC